AAAAAAAAAAGGCCGAAAUAAAUCAUUGGAUUAAAAAGCAAACCCUAGCUUUUCUCUUUGAGGGUUCUGCUCUUUGGUAUUCUUGUUCCGAGAACAGGCAAUUGGCGGCGAACUCGACAAUCCACAGACAUGGGUAAGGUUCAUGGGUCAUUGGCUCGUGCUGGAAAAGUGAGGGGACAGACCCCCAAAGUCGCGAAGCAGGACAAGAAGAAGAAGCCCCGUGGACGCGCUCACAAGCGCAUGCAGUACAAUCGCCGAUUUGUCACUGCCGUGGUAGGUUUUGGGAAGAAGAGGGGACCCAAUUCCUCGGAGAAGUAAUCAAAGGCUUGAAUGAUGGUUUUCUUAAGUUUUUAGUAGUGACAUUUAUUUUUGUCUUGAAUGAUUAAUUUGAGGGUCUCAUCAUGUUGGAUGACUCCUUUUUUGUUAGUUAAAACUUACUGCGACUGUGUUGUUUGUUGUGAUUAAUUAGCUUAAAUGCUUUGAUGCUAAUUUAGGUGUGGCCUUAAUAUUUGACAAGAAUGGAUGAUGCGAGUUAACUGUUAGAUUUUGAUAAUCUUUAUAUUGAUCACAAUUUAUUUUAAGGUUCUAAAA